UUUCCAAAUGGAGAAGAAGGUCACCGAAGCACGGUUUACCAGAUUUACCAGGUUUACCCUUGCCAGAAUCACAGAGUACUCUGCCAAAACCGUCUAUUGCAAGAGACUCAUGAACUUUUGAUUGUCGUAUUGUAAUGAUAACACACGGACAGUUGACCAAACAUUAAGGUGUUUAAAUAUAACGGCAUGCCGCAUAUUUGUGUGGCACCUGGGUGCCGUAAUCGAGGAAACGAAAAGAAAGGCAUCAACUUUUUUAGUCUCCCUGUGGAGACAGCAAAACGACAAAUUUGGAUCAAUGCUUUGAAGUUGAAAAAUCCUAGCGCAGUGGAUAACUAUAAAUAUGCUAGAAUUUGUAGCGACCACUUCGAGCCUGAAUGUUUCGUGCGUAACCUUCGAGCCGAACUGUGCUCGCACGGAAAAACGAGGAGAAAGCUCAGAGAUGAUGCUGUCCCGAGUAUAUUCGACUUUUCGGAAUAUAAAAAUGCGACAGUCAAUGCCAGAGCACUGCCAACGAGACUCGUGUCUGGAAAAAGUGCCCAAGAAAUGGCCGCCGAAAGAAAGGAGAGGUUUAACUCAAGAGCUCAAAAACAGUUGAUAGCAGAGCAGAUGGACAAGAUGAGACACUGCAUGGCAUAUGGGUGUAAGAACACCACUGAAAACAGUGAUGUGGCAUAUUACACAAUACCUAAUCCAAAAAUUAACCCAAAGGAAAAAGAAAGGGCAGAAGCUUGGUUGAAAAAUAUGGGCAUUAAUCAUGACAUUGGAGCUUUUCGAUUUAACAAGCAACAAGUGGUGUGCUCAGAUCACUUCGAGGGCCACUGCUUUGAGGGAAGUUCAAACGCAGAUUUUAGGGGAGGUGGGCAUAGUGGGAAACUGAAGCCAGAUGCAGUGCCCACCAUUGCUGUACCCAAGACUGAGAAGAGUGGAGAUGGAAGUGAAGAGAGUGAAGAGAAAAGGCGACACAGAAAGGAGUUGUAUGAUCUUCUGGAGGGGAAACCUGUACCUAGCACCAGUAUUUGGGCCAUGUACCAGGAGAAGGAGGUGACCAAGGCACCAGUGAUCAAAGCAGACCCUGAAGUGGAAGUGAAGCAGAGAAGUGACGGUGUUUGGCAUGAAGUCGGUGACUUGCCAUCAUCAAGUAUUCAGGGUGACCCCUCUGCUGACCAGAGAGGCUUGUGUUUGAAAACAGAACCCUGUGACAUGGGAGCAGACACAGCCACUGACCCUGGCCUUCCUUCUAACAUGGAAACUGAUCCAUUGUUCACUGAGGGGCAACAUGAAUCAACACAAGCCAGUACUAAAGCUGGUGAACAGCAUUUUCCACUUGAGAGCACCAGUAAAAAGAACAUUCAUUUUUGUAAAGGGCAGAUGAAAUCAAUAAUAAAUACUUCCACAUGGGUUCCCAACACACAAAAGACAUCGCAUUAUUUUGGCAAAGGUGAUAUGUUUGUCAAUGGAGGGCAGCAGGGAUCAAUGCAACCCAGUUUCAAAUAUUUUCCCAUCACACUGCUAACUCCACUGUCACAGUACAUUGGCAAAGACCUUAUAUUUAUUGUAAGCAGGGGGCAGGAGACAUUGAUGCCAGCCAGUUCCAGUGCUAAAUGUAGUGCAACCACACAGAUAACUUCACAGGAUGGUGGCAAAGGGGAUGCAGUUUUACUCACUAGCAGUAGCAGGGGAGAGCAGGAAUUGCUUCAAACCAGCAUUAAACCAAAAAAAAGACAGAAGGGUUUGCAGUGUAAACACACUAAACCCAAGGUGAAAGCUGUUGUUCCUACUGGAGGUCCAUGGAAACUGAAAGAAGCCAUUGUGAAGGUGGAAAAAAUUAACAUAGAUCACCAGAUGUUUGUUAAUGAUAAAUAUAAUGUAGAAAUUGACACCAGUUUUCAAGAUGCUUUGCUGAAAGAGUAUGGAGUUACACUGAAUGUGGAUGACAGUGAAGACGUUGUCACAAACGCCCCUCAGUCCUUUUCAUGGGAUGAGGAGAUGCUUUCUUCUGAUGAGGAUGAUGACGGUGGUGAUCAGGAUGAUGAUACUUAUGUUCCCAGUGAUGCAAGUUUGCUAUCAGAUGAUGAUGGUGAUGAUAAUAACGAUUAUGAUGAUGAUAAAGGCUGUUCAAGUCAUCAGACUGUUAAAGUAAAAGACUUUCAAUGUCAUAUUUGUAAUCAGUUAUUUUCAAGCAAGAAAAGUUUGAUUGGUCACAAAAGAGUUCACAGUGUCAGAAGAGAUGGACCAUAUAAAUGCCAGUAUUGUAGUAAGGGCUUUGCCAAUAAGCAUAGGUGCUCAAACCAUGAAAUGCUUCACACGUCCGAGAAAAAUUAUUUAUGUCAGUAUUGCUCCAAAACUUUUAAAACUGCCCAAUAUUGUUCUAGACAUGAGAAAGAGCAUAGCAAGCCUAAAAAAAAAGAACGAUUUGCUUGUCAAUUUUGUGAUAGAAGGUUUUUCAAUGCAAAUGCUAGAAAUCUGCAUGAAAAGAAACAUUUAGGUGCUAAAGAAUUCCAAUGUCAGUUUUGUAGUAAAAUGUUCCACGUAAAAAAUCAUCUUAUAAAUCAUGAGAGAGUGCAUACAGGUGAGAAACCUUACCAGUGCAGGUACUGUGACAAAACUUUUAUACAGGCAAUAGGUCGUUCUUGUCAUGAGAGAGUGCACACAGGGGAGAAACCAUACAAGUGCAGCUUUUGUGAUGAGGCAUUUAACCACAAUGUCAGCCGCAAAGCCCAUGAGAAAAAGCACCAUAAUAAGGAAUGAUGGUGAAGUUAAAUAUGGAACCUUGUUAUCACUCAUUUUCUGCUGUAACAGCAACACAAUAGAAUGUUUAACAAGAAAUUAAAGCUUUUCAAGUAUUACAAAUAUGUAUAGUUCAGUUGAAAAUAUUAUGUUGACUUUUAAACCAACAAACUUGAUUUCAGAAAUUCAGCUUAAUUUUAGCAAAUUAUUUUGUAUCUUAUGGCACUUAGUUGAAUUUCUUAAUAAUAAUAAUGGCAUUUAGUGUCUUUGAGUACAUGCAGAACAGAUAAGCCGCAGACUACCUGUUCUGCUGACUAAACAUGGCUGACCCCGCUUAAAAGCAAGCCGCUAAAUUCCCUAAUGAUCUCCUGCCCUCAACAUGGCCCAUUUAACAAAUUAAAUCUUUGCUCCAAAGUUUACUUGCCAGCCCCCAUGGGGAGAUGUGGGGAGAUUAGAGGCAUUCCUUUAAGUCGGUGGGCCAUAUUUAAUCAGCAGAUCACUUUGUUCUGAUUGCGCUCUAUAUGAUAGUCAAUACUUAAAGCUAGGAAAACAUAAUAUAUACUCCAGGCAUAUGGGUGGGUGGAAGGGCGGCAUGUGUUAAGAGAGGCAAUAUUAUCUUUUAUUUCACAAUCUUUACAUUUUCACACUGCAACAUCGCUACCUUCCCCCCCAUCCCCAUCUUGAGUUCAGCUGUAAACAAUUUUAUAAAUGAAAUCUGAAAUGGUUUUAAAAUGAAAAUAAACUUGUUCAUGUAUUAUGCAGUUUAA